GGGGCGCGCGCUGAGGCGCGGAGUGGCCACCGGGACCCCACGGAGCUGCGGCCCGACCGCGCCGCCGCCCGCUCCCGCCCUGAGGGAGGACGGCCGCGUGCUCAGAGGCAACAGCUCUGAGGCUUUUGCAUCCCUCCCCGGCCUGACGCCGGAGGGAGGAGGCGAGUCGGGCUGGGAGCUUUGAGGUAACCCCAACUUGGCGCGAAGCCUGAACUCCUUGAGGUAGCCGCCUUUGCGGGGGUUGGAGGCUCGGCACUCCGCCCGGGGACUUCGGGACAGCCGCAGCCCGCGCGUCCGCGUCCCCCCGCAAAGGGGCGCGCUGUCCUCUCAGGUCCCGAUGGAGCCCAGGGGCCCCAAGAGGAGGGCUGGGAGGACGGAGGCGGCGGGGCCCUGGAGCAAGCUCGCCCGCCCGGCGCGCUCGCUGCGCACCGAGCCCGCCCUGUACCGCGGGCCGUUCCCCUUCUACCGGAGCCCUUCCGAGCUGGGCUGCUUCUCCCUGGACGCCCAGCGCCAGUACCACGGAGAUGCCCGAGCCCUGCGCUACUACAGCCCGCCGCCCGCCCACGGCCCCGGCCCGGACUUUGACCUCAGAGACGGGUACCCCGACCGAUACAAGCCCCGGGAUGAGGAGGUCCGAGAGAGGCUGGACCACUUGCUGCGCUGGGUUCUGGAGCACCGACACCGGCUGGAGGGGGGUCCGGGCUGGCUGGCCGGGGCCACGGUGACGUGGAGAGGGCACCUGACGAAGCUGCUGACCACGCCGUACGAGCGGCAGGAGGGCUGGCAGCUGGCCGCCUCGCGCUUCCAGGGGACCCUGUACCUCAGCGAGGUGGAGACGCCCGCGGCGCGAGCUCAGAGGCUCGCGCGGCCGCCGCUGCUCCGGGAGCUCAUGUACAUGGGCUACAAAUUCGAGCAGUACAUGUGCGCAGACAAGCCCGGAGGCUCCCCAGACCCCUCGGGGGAGGUUAACACCAACGUGGCCUUCUGCUCUGUGCUACGCAGCCGCCUGGGAACCCACCCUCUGCUGUUCUCCGGGGAGGUGGACUGCGUAAACCCCCAGGCCCCGUCCACACAGCCCCCCGCCUGCUAUGUGGAGCUCAAGACCUCCAAGGAGAUGCACACCCCUGGCCAGUGGCGGACCUUCUACAGACACAAGCUUCUGAAAUGGUGGGCGCAGUCGUUCCUCCCAGGGGUCCCCCUUGUUGUCGCCGGCUUCCGGAACCCAGAAGGUUUCGUCUGUUCCUUGAAGACCUUUCCUACUCUGGAGAUGUUUGAAAGCGUCAGGAACGACCCAGACGGCUGGAGCCCCUCUGUGUGCAUGAACUUUUGUGAUGCCUUCCUGAGCUUUGCCCAGAGCACAGUUGUCCAGGACGACCCCAGGCUUGUCCACCUCUUCUCCUGGGAACCAGGUGGCCCGGUCACUGUGUCUGUCCAUCGAGAUGCACCCUAUGCCUUCCUGCCCUCGUGGUAUGUGGAUGCUAUGACCCAAGACCUCCCACCACUCUCGGAGGCUCCCCCUGCCAAGGACUGAUGCUUCCGAGGACACACCAGCGUGGUGUGUGCAGAAAAUAAAAGCCUGUUUCUAACCGGU